AUGGAGCACGACCUCGACACGCUCCACGGCGUCGCUUCUGCGCACUCGGACUCGGGCUACGCGAGCACCCAGUACUCGGCACAGCCCCUCGGCCCGGCCGACGCUCCUCGGCACCCAGGCCCCGCCUCGCUCAACUCGCGCCUCGACCGCCUCACGCGCCAGAUGAGCUCGCUCGCCCACUCGACGCCUCGAGACGCAGGCUCGAGCAUCGGCAUCACGCGCAAGACGAUCCCGCGCACCGUCCACAGCGCGAGCGAGGCGUCGACCCGGCCCACCCGCGUUCGCCGCCGCCAGGUCGAGGAGGAGCAGGACGAGGACGCGCACGAGCAGCCGCACGCCAAGCGCAGGCGCUCUCUGCCGCCGCGCCUCACGCUUCGACCGGGCAGCAUCGGCGAGAGAGCGGCGGGCAACGAUGCGGCGAGCGGGUACCCGGCGCCGGUCGUCCUCAACCGCGUCGUCUCGCAUCGUUCGGGCGCGACGAGAAUCGUCACGAGGUCGACAGCGCCGCCGCAUUCUGUCGAGACGCUCGAGGGCACGAUGCAGAUUCCCUCCUUCCUCCGCGAGCAGCCAGACUCGCCGCGACUACCCGCCUCGCCGCCGCCCGACUGGCUCAGCAGCCGACUUCUCGCUUCGUCUCGCGCUCACGACGCCUCGCAGGCGCCACCUCACGCCCCGCUCUCGACCUCGACCGACCGACUCGACUUGUUCCCGCCCGACCUCGUUCGCGACGUGCGCCACGGCCUCUACGAGCCCGCCUUCGACUCUCUCGGUCUAUCGUCCUCACCUCAACUGAGCGCGAGCAACUGGCUCGCUCUGCCCUUCUCGACCGACGGCCGCCUCGCCCCGACCGCCUCUCUCGCCUCGUCGCCACCUCCUCGCCCUCAUCCUCUCGGCUCGCUGUACGAGGCCCAGAUGCAGCGCGACUACCACCACUUCCUCGACUCGACCCCGACGGCGCAGUACGACCGUACCUCCGUGCCGAGCCGCCCGCCCUUCUCGCACCCGCCCCUCCUUGCCUCGCCCCUCGCCGAGCGACCCGCCGCGCCCAGCACCAUCUUCGGCCAGCCCAUCUCCAACCUCGCGCACCUCGUCGACGACCCGCAGCAGCCCUCGACUCGGCACUAUCUCGCCUCGUCCACGCCGCCGCCGGCUCGGCCCGCGCUCGGCCCGCUCUCACCGCCACUCUCGCCCGCACCGUCCCUCGACACGCUCCUCCUCGACGACGACCUCGACCUCGCCCUCGACGACACGCCCAUGUCGUCCGCCGAUUUCUGGCGCCCUCGCCCACGCCCUCGUCCGCCGACCCUCAUCGCCCCGGACCCGACGCCCGGGCGCGCACGGUACGCCGCGCGGCUCGAGCGCGAGGCGGCGCUGCAGCAGGUGGGCCGAGGAGGAGCGCGGGCGGCGCUCGAGGGGGCGCAGGAGGACGGGCCGACGACGCGCGAGGGCGAGUGGGAGGGGGAGGCACGGGACGCGGGGCGGGCGGCGCGGGACGAGGGAGGAGCCGACGGCGCCGAGGGGCGCGGGAGGAGGGACGAGGAGGAGGAGCCGACGGCGAGCGAGGGAGGGGGAGGGGACCGUGCGCGGCAGGACGAGGACGGGUUCGCGAUCUGGGAGGACGACGACGAGGUCGAGGAGGUGUAG